CUAUCAGCUUUUUGCCGAAGAUUUUAUCGAAGUUAAUUCAACGAAGAUGGUUAUUGGUGCCUUGGUGGUAUGAGUGGUCGCCGUCUUCGAUAUACGUCGGUGCAAUUGAAAACCGGCAUACUUAACCAACUUUCAAGUUCAACCCCCAAAUUUUGACUAUUGCCCCCUUUCUAAACCCUAAUAAUCACUUCAAUUUUGAUUCCCAAUUCAAUAAUUUCCCCCAAAUUCCAAUGGUUUGACUCCGAAUCCCUAUUUCUGAUCAACUAAACUCCAAUGGAUUCCUCCUCCGACUCCAUAUUUCUGGAGGAUUUCGGCCAAAAGGUCGAUCUCACUCGCCGAAUUCGGGAGGUUCUGUUGAACUACCCCGAGGGUACGACGGUGCUGAAGGAGCUCGUUCAGAACGCCGACGAUGCCGGCGCCACCAAGGUUUGUCUCUGCUUGGACCGGCGCUCCCACGGCGGAGACUCGUUAUUGUCGAAUCGCUUGGCUCAGUGGCAAGGUCCUGCUCUUUUGGCUUACAAUGAUGCUGUUUUCACGGAGGAGGAUUUUGUCAGUAUUUCAAGGAUUGGUGGUAGUACUAAGCAUGCUCAAGCUUCAAAGACCGGCCGCUUUGGGGUGGGGUUCAACUCGGUGUACCAUUUGACAGAUCUACCAUCCUUUGUAAGUGGUAAAUAUCUGGUUAUGUUUGAUCCUCAAGGAGUCUAUCUUCCAAAUGUCUCUGCAGCAAAUCCGGGAAAGCGAAUAGAGUAUGUCAGUUCUUCAGCUAUAUCUCGGUAUAAAGAUCAGUUCUUUCCGUAUUGUGCAUUUGGUUGUGAUAUGAGAAGUCCUUUCAGUGGAACUCUCUUUCGUUUCCCUCUGAGGAAUGCAGUGCAGGCUGUAGAAAGUAAGCUUUCAAGGCAGGCAUACUCAGAAGAUGAUAUUUCUUCUAUGUUUACUCAGCUCUAUGAAGAAGGAGUAUUUUCUUUGCUAUUCCUUAAAAAUGUGUUGUCAAUUGAAAUGUACGUAUGGGAUGUUGGGGAGACAGUGCCAAGGAAACUCUUUUCAUGUUCGGUAAGCUCAGCAGACGAAGACAUAAUUUCACAUCGUCAGUUGCUUUUGAGAUUGUCAAAACUGUCCAGCAUUUCUACCUUUGAAAUGGAUUCUUUUAAGUUGAAUUUUGAAUCUGAGGCUGUCUGUGGAAGCUCCAUUCAGAAGCGGACAGACACCUUCUACAUAGUCCAAGCCAUGGCUUCAGCAUCCAGUAGGAUCGGUUCCUUUGCAGCCAAGGCUUCCAGUGAAUAUGACAUUCACCUUCUGCCCUGGGCAUCCGUUGCUGCAUGCGUAUCUGAUGAUGGCUCAAAUGGUGAUGGUCUUAAGAUUGGUCGAGCUUUCUGUUUUCUUCCAUUGCCUGUAAGAACUGGGUUGACAGUGCAGGUGAAUGGAUACUUCGAAGUUUCUUCAAAUCGGCGUGGAAUAUGGUAUGGGGAGGAUAUGGAUAGAAGUGGAAAAAUCAGAUCUAUUUGGAACAGACUUCUUUUGGAGGAUGUUGUUGCUCCUAUUUUUAGAAGUUUACUGCUUGGUGUGCAAGGAAUUCUAGGUCCAACAAGCUCAUACUAUUCCAUAUGGCCUACUGGUGAUUUUGAGGAGCCGUGGAGUAUACUGAUACAGCAAAUCUAUAAAAACAUUAUUCAGGCCCCUGUCUUGUAUACAAAUGUAGGAGGGGGGAAAUGGGUGUCACCUGCUGAUUCUUUUCUUCACGAUGAGGAGUAUACUGACAAAGAGGAGCUCGCUACUGUGCUCCUGCUUCUUGGGAAGCACAUUGUUCGUUUGCCUAAUUCCUUGCGUAACAUGCUUAUGAAGUGCACCACAGAUUUUGAAUGGAGAGUCAUCACCCCCGAAACAGUGAGAUGUUUCAUUCGUGACUAUGGUUCUAUAAGUAGUCUAGGUAGUGCUCAGAGAUUGCUUUUGUUAGAAUAUUGCCUUGAAGACCUCUUAGAUUCUGAUGUUGGAAGGUAUGCAAACAACUUGCCUUUGCUCCCAUUGGUAAAUGGAGGCUUUGGAUCUUUUUCUGAAGCUUCUAAAGGAAUCUCGUUUUUCAUUUGCAACGAGUUGGAGCACAAGCUACUUCAACAGAUACCUGACCGAGUAAUUGAUGGGAAUAUUCCAAACAAGAUUAUGAGAAGACUUUCAUCUGUUGCAGAUUGCUCAGGGGCCAAUCUAGUCGUUUUUAAAGCUGAAUACCUUGUUCAGUUACUUGACAAGUUCAUGCCUCCGGAGUGGAGAUUAAAAAGUAAGGUUCUUUGGCAUCAAGAAGGAGGUCAGAAUAAUCAUCCAACUUCAUUGUGGUUUGUCAUAUUCUGGCAAUAUCUCAAAUUUCAAUGUGAAAAUUUGUCUUUGUUUCAUGAGUGGCCCAUUUUACCGUCAACCUCGGGGCAUUUGUAUAGAUUCUCCAAGCAGUCAAAAUUUAUUAUUGUCGAAAAACUUUCCGAGGGAUUGAGAAGUGUUCUGGACAAAAUUGGAUGUAAAAUAUUAGAUACUCAGUAUGGAGUUGAGCAUCCUGAUCUGUCAUACUACAUUGGUGAUGCUACAGGGCCAACUGUACUUGAAUCGAUCUUUGAUGUUGUCUCUUCAAGUGGUGGUGUUAUGCAGACAUGCCUUCGUAUGCUAGAAGCAGAGGAGAGAAAUGAGCUUCGUAACUUUCUUCUUGAUCCAAAGUGGUACAUUGGUGGGUAUAUGGGCGAUUCUGAUAUUUGGAAGUGCAAGAAGCUCCCCAUUUAUAGAGUUUAUGGAGAAGAAUCUGGUGAUAACUUGCACUUUUCUGGUCUAGUGGAUUCUCAAAAAUAUUUGCCACCGAAGAAUGUUUUAAAUUGCUUUCUUGGAAGUGAAUUCAUUUCCACUUCCUCUGACACUGAAGAAAAUGUUCUACAGAGAUACUAUGGAUUGCAGCGUAUGGUAAAGGCACAUUUCUACCGGAGGCAAGUUUUCAGUAAGAUUAAAGAUUUGCCAGCCGAGGAUCGUGAUUGCGUCAUGCUCUCUGUUCUAAAAGAUCUUCCACAUUUGUGCAUCGAGGAUUCAGGUUUUAAAGAAGCUGUGAGGAAUAUUGAAUUUGUUCCAACACAUACAGGUUCUUUAAAGUGUCCUGGUGCUUUAUAUGAUCCCAGGAAUGAAGAGUUACUUGCCUUGCUCGAAGAUACCGACCUUUUCCCUUGUGGCGCUUUUCAAGAAUCAGAUAUUUUGGAUGUUCUACAGGGUUUAGGACUUAAAACAUCUGCGUCUCUAGAUACAGUACUUCAAUGUGCUCGAUAUGUCGAACAGAUAAAGCAAGAGGAUCCAGAGAAGGCAUAUAUGAGAGGGAAGGUUCUUCUGGAAUAUCUGGAGGUAAAUGCACAUAGGUGGGCUGCCAUUCCACUAAAUGAUGAUCAAGGGACACUGAAUAGAGUGUUUUCACGAGCUGCAACUGCAUUUCGGCCUCGUAAUUUGAAAUCUGACCUGGAAAAAUUCUGGAAUGACCUCCGAAUGAUUUGUUGGUGCCCAGUUAUUGUUUCUGCUCCUUAUCAAGCUCUUCCCUGGCCUGGUUUGUCAUCAGCAGUUGCUCCUCCUAAGUUGGUACGACCUAAAACAGACUUGUGGCUUGUGUCAGCUAGUAUGCGAAUACUCGAUGGAGAAUGUGCUUCAUCAGUCUUGUCGCACCAACUUGGAUGGUCUUCCCCCCCUGUUGGAAGUGUAGUUGCUGCGCAGAUUCUGGAGCUUGGAAAAGAUAAUGAGAUUGUGACUGAUCAAGCCUUCCGCCAGCAGUUAGCCCUUGCCAUGCCCAGGAUAUAUGCCAGACUGACAGAUAUGAUUGGUUCGGAUGAGAUGGACAUUGUCAAGGCUGUUUUGGAAGGAAGCCGAUGGAUUUGGGUGGGAGAUGGUUUUACAACUGCAGAAGAGGUUGUUCUUAAUGGUCCUUUACACUUGGCUCCAUAUAUCCGUGUUAUACCUGUUGAUUUGGCUGUCUUUAAGGAACUAUUUUUAGAGCUUGGAGUAAGGGAAUUUUUAAAUUUUAGUGAUUAUGCCAAGAUAUUAUGCAGAAUGGCUACGCGGAAAGGGGAUGAUCCUUUGACAGGAGAGGAGCUCACGGCUGCUAUACUUGUUGUGCAGCAUUUGGCCGAGGCCCUGUUUCAUGAAAAACAUGUAAUUAUCUACUUACCUGAUGCAUCAUGUCGACUCCUUCCUGCAUCAGAUUUAGUUUAUAAUGAUGCUCCCUGGUUGCUUGGAUCAGAAGAUUCGGACAGUACAUCAAGUCAUGCAACCAAUCUUUUGAUGAGUGCAAGACGAUCUGUUCAGAGAUAUGUGCAUGGUAACAUAUCAAAUGAUGUCGCAGAGAAACUUGGUGUCUGCUCACUUCGGAGAUCGUUGCUUGCCGAGAGUGCCGAUUCAAUGAAUUUGAGUCUAUCUGGGGCAGCUGAAGCUUUUGGUCAGCAUGAAGCAUUGACCACUAGACUGAAACAUAUACUUGAGAUGUACGCAGAUGGACCUGGAAUUCUUUUUGAGCUGGUACAGAAUGCUGAGGAUGCUGGGGCCUCGGAGGUUAAUUUUCUAUUGGAUAAAACUCAAUAUGGAACUUCGUCUUUGCUUUCACCUGAGAUGGCUGACUGGCAGGGCCCUGCUUUAUAUUGUUACAAUGACUCCGUAUUCAGCCCACAGGAUCUCUAUUCAAUCUCACGUAUUGGUCAAGAUAGCAAACUGGAGAAGCCUUUUGCAAUCGGUAGGUUUGGGCUAGGAUUCAAUUGUGUAUACCAUUUUACAGACAUUCCUUCAUUUGUAUCUGGGGAAAAUAUUGUGAUGUUUGAUCCACAUGCUUGUAACUUGCCUGGAAUUUCUCCUUCUCACCCGGGAUUGCGUAUUAAGUUUGUAGGUAGAAGGAUUCUGGAACAAUUUCCCGAUCAAUUUACACCAUUUUUGUACUUUGGCUGUGACUUACAACAUCAGUUUCCCGGUACACUCUUCCGGUUCCCGCUUAGGACAGCCAGCACCGGCCCUCGAAGUCAAAUAAAACAAGAAGGAUAUGCACCCGAAGACGUCAUAUCACUUUUCUCUUCAUUUUCCAAGGUUGUUUCUGAAACUCUUCUUUUCCUACGCAGUGUGAAAUCCAUAUCCCUAUAUCUGAAGGAUGGAUCUGAUUCAGAAUUGCAACUAGUGCACCGAGUGCAAAGACAUACUGUCCUUGAGCCAGAACGUCCUCCACAUUCUCUCCAAUAUAUGUUUGAUUAUCUGAAUGGGAUCCAGCUGUGCAAGGUGGAUAAAAAUCAGCUUCUUGAUAAGUUGAGAGGAUAUGGGGAUGAAAAUCUUCCCAGGAGACUACAGAAGGUUGUGGUUAGAGAACAAUCCUUAUCUGAUGAUGUAUCACAUGUAUGGAUGAUGAGUGAAUGUUUAGGUAGUGGACUGGACCAAAAGUCUUCAAGUACUAAAUUAAGGUCUCACAAGGGCAUUCCAUGGGCAGCUGUUGCCGCCUACUUGCAGUCUACUAAGGUUGCUGUUAAUUCAUGUGAUUUCACACUAUCAGAAGGAUCUCUUACCAUUUUGCCUCGUACGUCUCAAGACGCAGAAUUGUCUGCUCAGUGUCGAAAGAAUUUUGAGGGCCGUGCAUUCUGUUUUUUGCCUUUGCCAAUAAGCACUGGUCUUCCAGCACAUGUUAAUGCCUAUUUUGAAUUGUCAUCUAAUCGCAGAGAUAUUUGGUUUGGUAAUGAUAUGUCAGGCGGUGGAAGAACACGUUCUGACUGGAAUAUUUACCUCCUUGAGCAUGUUGCUGCCCCAGCAUAUGCUCACCUUCUUGAAAAGCUGGCUAUGGAAGUUGGUUCUUGUGAAUGGUUCCUCUCGUUUUGGCCGACAAAAUCAGGAGGAGAACCUUGGUCAUCUGUGGUUCAGAAGCUAUACAUGUUUAUUGCUGAUUUUGAUGUUCGUGUUCUACACACUCAAGCUAGAGGUGGUCAGUGGAUCUCAGCAAAACAAGCUCUGUUUCCUGAUUUUACUUUUGAGACGAUGCCUCAACUUGCUGAUGCAUUGUCAGAUGUUGGCUUACCUCUGGUCACUGUUUCUCAAUCACUUGUUGAGAGAUUUGUGGAAGUCCGGCCUUCAUUACAUUUUUUGACACCACAGUUGCUGAGAACGUUGUUGAUUCGGCGCAAAUGUAAAUUUACCGAAAGAAGUGCAUUAAAUUUGACACUUCAGUAUUGCUUAUUCGAUUUGGAAAAACCUAUUCAGUCUAAUUGUUUGUAUGGUUUACCUUUGAUUCCACUGUCAAAUGGCUCGUCUACAACAUUUAAUCCAAGAGGUGUGGAUGAAAGAAUAUACAUUGCUCAUGAGAAUGAAUAUGAUCUUCUCAAAGAUUCAAUUCCGAGUCAAUUGGUUGACAAGGCACUUCCUGAAGAAGUUCAUUUGAAAUUAUGUGACAUAGCGCAAAGUGAGGAUUCAAAUGUUUCUUUUCUGACUUGUCAUCUGCUUGAGACACUUUUUCUUCGGAUACUUCCAGUAGACUGGCAAAAUGCUAAACAGGUUAAGUGGGUCCCUGGUCAUGCUCAGCAGCCUUCUUUAGAAUGGAUGAGAUUGUUUUGGAGUUACCUGAGAUCAAGUUGUGAUGAUCUCUCAGUGUUCUCUAAGUGGCCUGUCUUGCCAGUUGGAAAUGAUCAUCUCAUGCAGCUUGUUAAAAGUUCAAAUAUCAUUGAAAAUGAAGGAUGGAGUGAAAAUAUGUCAUCGUUGUUGUUAAAAGUAGGUUGUUUUUUUCUUAGACGUGGCUUCCCUAUUGAACAUCCACAGUUGAAGAACUAUGUUCAGGCACCAAGUGCAACUGGUAUACUUAAUGCUUUUCUGGCCGUAGCUGGUAGAAUAGAAAAUGUUGAUGGGCUCUUUGCUGAUUCCACAGAAAGAGAGUUGCAGGAAUUAAGGAACUUUAUUCUGCAGUCCAAGUGGUUCUUUGAUGGUGAAAUGCGUGGCAUAAAUAUCGAGGUCAUCAAACGUAUUCCAAUGUUUGAGUCAUGCAGAAGUAGAAAAUUAGUCAGCUUGAGUGAAGGUAUCAAAUGGCUUAAACCAAGUGGCUUGCGUGAGGAUCUUUUGGAUGACGACUUUGUUCGAGCUGAGACGGAGGGAGAGAGAAUAAUAUUGAACAGAUAUCUAGACGUUCAAGAACUUUCCAAGGCAGAAUUUUAUAAGCAUUAUGUGCUGAACCACAUGUCAGAUUUUCUUUCAUCACAAGGAGCUCUUUCUGCUAUUUUACAGGAAGUAAAAGUGCUGGUUGAGGAGGAUGUCUCAAUUAAGGAUGCAAUUUCAACCACUCCAUUUGUUUUAUCUUGCAAUGGUUCGUGGCAACAACCAUCCAGGAUAUAUGAUCCUCGUGUUCCGGAGCUACACCUGCUGCUACACAAAGAAGUUUUCUUCCCUGCUAAAGAAUUUUCCGAUCCCGAGACACUGGAUAUGUUAUCUGGCCUGGGAAUGAAGCAAAGCUUGGGUUUUACUGGGUUGCUUGAUUGUGCAAAGACAGUUUCACUUCUGAAUGAUUCCAGCGACACAGAUACAAUUACUUAUGGGAGGAGGUUGCUUGCCUGUUUAGAUUCUCUAGGAUCAAAGUUUUCAGUUGAGAAGAAAGAAGAGUCUUCUACAUUAUUUGAAGAAGGUUUUAACUCUUUGAUUUGUAACGAUGACUGUGAUAUUGCUGCAUUUUUAGGUAGCUUGGUUGAUGCUAAACCACCAGAAGAAUUUUGGUCUGAGCUUAAAUCUAUUAAAUGGUGUCCUAUUUAUGUUGAUCCACCUCUGCAGGGUCUUCCAUGGCUGAAGUCCAGUGAUCUUGUGGAAGCCCCCACCAUGGUGAGACCUAAAUCUGACAUGUGGAUGGUGUCAUCUACUAUGCAUGUGUUAGAUGCUGAGUGCUACUCCACACAUGUCAAAAGCAAAUUGGGUUGGAUGGAUCGCCCUAAUGUGCAAGUUUUAUCAACUCAACUGGUUGAAUUGAGCAAAUCCUAUUGCCAGCUCAAGUUAGAUUCUAUUGUUGACUCUACUUUUGAUGAUGAGUUGCAGAAGGGAGUCACUUUAGUUUAUUCAAUGAUGCAAGAGUAUAUCAGCACUCAGGAUUUUAUGAUCUUGAAGUCAUCUCUUGAAGGAGUUUCUUGGGUUUGGAUUGGUGAUGGUUUUGUGGCCCCAAAUGAUCUUGCAUUCGAUUCACCUGUCAAAUUUCAGCCUUACUUGUAUGUGGUUCCAUCUGAAUUGUCAAGCUUUAGAGAUAUGCUCUUAGCAUUGGGUGUAAAACUUGAUUUUGAGGUUUCUGACUAUUUACGCGCUCUGCAAAAGUUGCAGACUGAUAUAAAAGGGUCCAUACUAUCAGAAGACCAGUUAUGUUUCGUGCACUGUGUUCUUGAAGCUGUUGCAGAUUGCUUUUCGGACAUGCCACCAGCUGAGGUUUCAAGCACUCAUUUAUUAAUUCCAGAUGCUUCGGGUGUUCUGAUAUAUUCUAAAGAUCUUGUCUUCAAUGAUGCACCAUGGAUGGAAAACAACAUCUCUAUUGGAAAAAAAUUUGUUCACCCAAGGAUAAGUAAUGACUUGGCAUUAAUGUUGGGCGUGCAGUCACUUCGGUGCAUGUCUUUGGUUGACGAAGAGAUGGCAAAAGAUUUAGUGUGCAUGGAUUUUGCUAGAAUUAGCGAGCUUCUGACAUUAUAUGCAAGUGACGAGUUUUUAUUGUUUGACCUCCUUGAGUUGGCAGAUAGCUGUAACACAAAGAAAAUGCACAUUAUCUUUGACAAAAGGGAGCACCCUCGCCAGUCUCUAUUGCAGCAUAAUCUAGGUGAAUUUCAAGGGCCUGCUUUGCUUGUUGUCUUUGAAGGGGCCAGCUUAAGUAGGGAAGAAGUUACUAGCCUACAGUUCCUUCCUCCAUGGAGACUUCGGGGUGAUACUCUAAAUUAUGGCUUAGGUUUGCUGAGCUCUUUUUCUGUCUGUGAUCUCCUAUCAGUGAUGUCUGGUGGCUACUACUAUAUAUUUGAUCCUCGUGGUUUAGUGCUUGCACCUUCCUCGAGUCAUUCGCCUGGAGCAAAAGUGUUCUCUUUGACUGGUACUAACUUGACUGAACGGUUUCGAGAUCAAUUUUCUUCUAUGCUUGUGGGCCAACAUGUGGUGUUCUCAUCUGAUACCACCAUUAUCCGCAUGCCGCUUUCAUCCGAGUUUAUGACAGAGGAGCCUGAAGCCGGAUUUCAGAAAGUAAAGCAGAUAUAUGAUAGAUUUAUGGAGCAUGGAUCUCGUGUACUUUUAUCCCUGAAAUCAGUCUUGCAGGUCUCAUUGUCUAGGUGGGAAGAAGGGAACCUACAUCCUUCGGAAGAUUAUUCAGUUUGCGUUGAUUCAAAAUCUGCCAGAUUGAGAAAUCCUUUUUCUGAAAAAAAAUGGAGGAAAUUCCAGCUAUCUAGGCUGUUUAGCAGCUCGAAUGCUGCCACUAAAAUGCAUGUGAUUGACAUCACUUGUCACCAAGGAGAAAGUAAGGUUGCUGACCAAUGGGUCACUGUCCUCAGUAUGGGUUCUGGACAAACAAGAAACAUGGCCCUCGAUAGGCGUUAUCUGGCAUAUAACCUUACACCUGUUGCUGGAGUUGCAGUCCAUGUGUCUCGAAAUGGUCAUGCUGCCGACAUCUCGCAUUCAAGCUGCGUCAUGUCCUCUCUUCCUUUGUCUAUAAAGAUGGACAUACCUGUCACAUUAUUGGGAUAUUUUCUUGUCCGUCACAAUAGGGGUCGUCAUCUUCAAGAAGGGCAUGAAGCACAACCUGAUGCUGGAAGUCAGUUGAUAGAGGCUUGGAACAAAGAGUUGAUGGCUUGCAUUCGUGAUUCCUAUAUUGAGAUCACUAUGGAAAUGCAGAAGUUGAGACGAGGAUCUGCAGAUGAGCCAAGUGUUGGCCAUGCAGUUGAUCUUGCUUUAAAGAUAUUUAGUGAUAAUCUUUAUUCUUUGUGGCCAAGAUCAGAUAUGCAUUCACAUGAUGGUCAACUGGAUGGUAAUAAGUUGGUUUCAGAAAAAGUGCCUAAAGCGGAUUGGGAAUGCAUAGUUGAGCGUGUAAUUAGGCCAUUCUAUGUCCGCCUUGCUGACCUUCCAGUGUGGCCUCUCUAUUCUGGAAAUCUUGUGAGAGUUGAAGAGGGUAUGUUUCUGUCACAGCCUGGAAAUGGAGUUGGUGAUAGCUUGCUGCCAGCUACAGUUUGUAAUUUUGUCAAGGAGCACUAUCCAGUGUUUUCUGUACCAUGGUAUCUCAUAAGUGAGCUUCAAUUGGUGGGAGUUACAGUUCGAGAAAUUAAACCAAAAAUGGUCCGUGAUCUUCUUAGGGUUUCCUCAACAUCUAUGGUUGUCCGGUCAGUGGACACAUUUGUUGAUGUUCUUGACUAUUGCUUGUCAGACAUUCGCCUACCUGAGUCUUCUGGUUCCAGUGAAGGUGACACAUCUGAAGACUUCAGUUCCUUCCCACAAGUAAGCAGACUAGUUGAUGGAAGUUCAACAUCGUUGGCUAGCAUACGUGGACUUCAUGGAGUAUCUACUCAUGGUCCAACAAAUUCAGGAGUGGAUGCACUUGAAAUGAUGUCAAGUUUAGGAAAGGCCCUCUUUGAUUUUGGACGAGGGGUAGUUGAAGACAUAGGCAGAACUGGAAAUGCAACAGGUCAAAGAGAUAGAAUUACAAGUGUUAAUAGUUUUAAUGUUUCCCAUGGUGGAAAUAAAUUUUUGUCUAUAGCAGCUGAAUUGAGAGGCUUGCCAUGUCCCACUGCAGCGAAGAAUUUAGCGAGGCUGGGAAUUACUGAUCUUUGGGUUGGAAACAAUGAUCAGCAAUUGUUAUUGCAGCAAUUAUUGGGAAAGUUUAUUCACCAUAAGAUAUUGGAGCGUCCAACUUUAGCUGGUAUUUUUUCUGAUGUCUCUCUGCAGUCUUUGUUAAAGUUGCAUAAGCUUUCCCUUAAUUUACUAGCUAGUCAUAUGAGGUCGCUUUUCCAUGAAAGUUGGGUGAACCAUGUUAUGAACUCGAAUAUGGCUCCAUGGUUUUCUUGGGAUAAUAGCAUGAACUCUGGCGGAGAAGCUGGCCCGAGUCCUGAUUGGAUUAGACUUUUCUGGAAAAAUUUUGAUGGAUCAUCAGAUGAUCUUUCUCUGUUUUCAGACUGGCCCCUUAUUCCUGCAUUUAUUGGUAGACCAGUCUUGUGCCGUAUAAGAGAGCGUGAUCUUGUUUUUAUUCCACCCGUUUCUACAUGUACAUCUUCUAGCAACAAUGUUUUGGAAGUAGAGCCAUCUCUUAACAUAUUAAAUGGGCUUUCAGUAGAUCAUUCAUCUCUAUCUGAAACUGUUCGACCAUACUCUCUGGCUAUUACGGAGGCUCAUAGUAGAUACCCUUGGUUGUUGUCAUUUCUAAAUCAGUGCAAUAUUCCUACAUAUGAUCCUGCUUUCUUGGAUUGUGCUGGUCCCUGUGAUUGCCUUCCCGCUGCUGGCCAAUCAUUAGGAGGAGUAAUUGCUUCAAAACUUGUUAUAGCUAAACGGACUGGUUAUUUCUCAGAACUGACCUCUUUUCCAGCUUCAGACCGUGAAAGGCUUUUCAAUCUUUUUGUCUCGGACUUUGUCUCUAAUAGGUCCAACUACGGGAGAGAGGAACUGGAAGUAUUACGUGAAUUGCCGAUUUACAAGACAGUAGUGGGGUCGUUUACACAAUUACAUGGUAAUGACCUCUGCGUAAUUGCUUCUAGUUCAUUUCUGAGACCAUUUGAUGAGCAUUGCCUUUCCUAUACCAUGGAUUCUGAAGAAAGUUUUCUGCUUCGAGCUCUAGAUGUUCCUGAGUUGCGUGAUCAGCAGAUUCUAGUACGGUUUGCAUUGCCCGGGUUUGAAGGUAAAAGUCAGUCACAGCAGGAGGACAUAUUAAUAUAUAUUUAUAUGAAUUGGAAAGAGCUCCAGAUUGAAUCUUCUGUGGUGGAUGCUCUCAAGGAUACUCAUUUUGUAAGAAAUGCUGAUGAGUUUUCCUUGGAGUUGUCUAGACCACAGGAUCUAUUUGAUCCAAAUGAUGCUCUGUUAACCUCGGUAUUUUCUGGUGAGCGAAAGAGAUUUCCCGGGGAACGGUUCACAACAGAUGGCUGGCUUCAAAUUCUGAGAAAGCUAGGUCUUCGGUCAGCCACAGAAACAGAUGUGAUGCUUGAAUGUGCCAAAAGAGUAGAGUUUCUUGGUUCUGAGUGUGUAAAAGAAAGUCAAGAUCUUGGAGAAUUUGAUAGGGACCCUGCUAAUUCCCACAAUGAAUUGUCUUCAGAGAUAUGGUCAUUAGCUGAAUCUGUUGUGGAAGCUGUAUUUUCAAAUUUUGCUGUGCUUUAUAGCAACAGCUUCUGCAAUGCUUUUGGUAAGAUUGCUUGCGUACCUUCAGAAAGAGGUUUUCCUAAUGUUGGUGGUAAAAGGGGUGGAAAGCGAGUGCUUUCAUCAUACAGUGAAGCUAUUUUGUUGAAAGAUUGGCCACUGGCUUGGAGUUGUGCCCCUAUCCUUUUGAGGCCUAAUAUAAUUCCACCAGAGUACUCUUGGGGAGCAUUAUACCUGAGGAGCCCUCCAAUAUUUUCUACAGUGUUGACACAUUUGCAGAUUGUCGGAAAAGAUGGCGGUGGUGAUGCUCUUGCGCAUUGGCCAACAUCUGCUAGCAUGAUGACUGCUGAGGAUGCGGCAUGUGAAAUCCUCAAGUACCUUGCUAAAGUUUGGGAUUCUCUCUCUUCUUCAGAUGUACAAGAGUUAGAGAAGGUCUCUUUUCUGCCUGCAGCAAAUGGUACUCGGUUGGUGAAAGCAAGUUCUCUCUUUGUGCGCCUGGGAGUAAACUUGUCGCCAUUCGUAUUUGAACUUCCUUCUACAUAUCUCCCCUUUGUAAGGAUCCUCAAAGACAUGGGUUUGCAGGAAACUCUUUCUGUAUCCAGUGCAAAAGACCUUCUCUUGAAUCUUCAGAAAGCAUGUGGAUAUCAACGUCUAAAUCCAAAUGAACUUCGUGCAGUAAUGGAAAUUUUACAUUAUAUUUGUGAUGGAACUGAUGAGUACAAGCCAGAAAGAUCUAGCUGGGAUUUUGAUGCAGUAGUCCCAGAUGAUGGCAGCAGACUUGUGCAUGCCAGAUCAUGUGUAUAUAUUGAUUCCUGCAGCUCCCCUUUUGUAAAAUUUAUCAACUCAUCAAGGCUCAGGUUUGUCCAUCCGAAUGUUCCAGAAAGGACGUGUUUAACUCUGGGCAUAAAAAAGUUAUCUGAUAUAGUUGAAGAGGAACUGAAUGUUGAGGUGCGAACUUUGGGAAAUAUAGGGACAGUGUCAUUGGCAUUCAUGAGGCAAAAGCUGUUGAGCAGAUCAUUUCAGGAUGCAGUAUUCAAGAUUCUUAGCAGUUUUAAAAGUAACAUUCCAGCAUUCAAUAAUUUAUCUCCAGGGCAAGUGAAUUGUUUGCUUGAGGAUGCAGCAGACAAGAUUCAGUUUGUUCAGUCCAUCUACACUCGGUUUGUGCUACUUCCUGAUUGCAUAGACAUUACCUAUGUUCCAAAGGGCUCAACACUUCCAGAUUGGGCUGCAGAAUUUGAGCAUCGUGCUCUUUACUACAUCAAUAAAGGGAAGACCCUGAUUUUAGUUGCUGAACCUCCAAAUUAUAUCUCUGUUGUAGAUGUUAUUGCCAUUGUCGUGAGUGAUAUUUUAGGUUCUCCUAGUCCAUUGCCUCUUGGGUCUUUAUUUCUAUGCCCGGAAGACUCAGAGAGUGCACUUACUGAUGUUUUGAGAAUCUGCUCUGAAAACAAAGGAAGAGAGACAAUGAACAACAGUGAGUUGAUAGGCAAAGAAAUACUGGCUCAAGAUGCUCGUCAAGUUCAAUUCCACCCUUUAAGGCCAUUUUACAUGGGCGAAAUAGUCGCAUGGCGGUCUCAAAAUGGGGAGAAGUUGAAGUAUGGUAGAGUACCUGAAGAUGUUAGACCCUCGGCUGGACAAGCGCUUUAUCGAUUUGGUGUUGAAAUCACUCAUGGAGUGAUAGAGACACUUCUGUCUUCACAGGUCUUCUCUUUCAGAAGUGUAUCCCUUGAUAAUGAGGACUCAUCAAUAACUCUGCCAGAUAUGAGUGAUACAGUGUCUCAAAACACAUUGCAUCCCCAGAUUCCAGAGGAUACUAGAAGAGACAACAUAACAUUAACACAGCUGCAAACAGGAAAAGAUCUCCUAUAUGGGCGAGUUUCACCUGCAGAAUUGGUGCAGGCAGUUCAUGAGAUGAUGUCUGCUGCAGGAAUCAGUAUUGAUAUGGAAACACAGACACUGCUACGCACAAACUUAACCCUGCAAGAACGACUUAAGGACUCUGAGGCAGCAUUCUUGCUUGAACAGGAAAAGGCUGAUACUGCAGCCAAAGAAGCUGAUACAGCUAAAGCGGCAUGGCAGUGCCGGAUAUGUUUAAGUUCUGAAGUAGAUGUUACACUCGUUCCUUGUGGACAUGUGCUUUGUCGCAGGUGCUCCUCUGCUGUUUCUAGGUGUCCCUUCUGUCGUCUUCAGGUUUCAAAGACACUCAGGAUUUUUCGGCCAUGAUAACCGAGUGGAAAUCACUGCACAACUUGACUCUAACCUCCAUGGGAGGGGAGGGAUGGGUGAUAAUCAAGUAUCAGAUCGGCCAAUAAAAUACGGUACUUCUGCUUCUGUUAUAUUUUUUGUAUAGUGUAAGUAUAAAACCACCUAGGUUCAUCAUCAGAAAGUCAUUGUAAAUCUGUAAAUUAUACACCAAACAACUUCGAAUAUGAUGGUCUGAAGGCUAGGGUUAUAGAGUUCAGAACUAUUUUACAUAAAAUUUAUGGGCCCUUUAAUUACUUAUAGAUAUUAUAGAGAGAGGGGUGAGGCACAAACAUUAAGCAUACAAGUUGUACAAACGAAUCUGGUUGAUUAUUGAAAAUAUUUCAUUAAAUUUGUUCAAUA